UUUUUUUUCAUUGUAUUUGUCCUUCUGCCUUUGCGAGCUCUAACAGAAGCCGAGAAAAUUGUUCUGAAGGUUUCAGAACCAUUUUAACAAGUGCACCAUUAAAAUGGAUUACGAUGGUGGUCCUGAAGCAAGUGUAUCUGUUAAUGAUGUUAAUAUUGAUGACCCAGAAGUGGAUUCGAGUAAAGUUGGCAAUCUCGAAAGUGUCUCAUCUGAUGGUGUGAUUGUUGGAGAAUUAAGAAGUGUUGGCGAGGUUUUUACCAGAGUGGAAUUGGAUCUAGCGUGUGCUUCUGAGAAGUUAGUUAACUUAAAUGUUCUUAUGAUGCAUGUGGCAACCAAGGAGAGUGACUUGGAAGCCCUUUCUUCCAAGGAAGAGCAGACAUCAGUUGAUUCUGUUGAGAACGCUAUGGAGUUCGUUCUCUUGUCUGGAAUUUUGGACUCUGAGGUGAGUGAAUUGGAUAAACUCAUGGCUAUACUUCAAGCAGAGAUCACCAAUGCCCAGGGGCUGCUAUCUUCAUACACAUGUUUGGGAGAAACUUUCGUGGUAGUAGAAGACAAGCUGUGUGACUCUGAACAAUCUUUGAAGCAGUUGCAAGAUCAGAUCUCUGAAAUAAGGAUGCAAUCCUUGAAGUUCCAGAGGACGUUUUCAUGUUAUGAUGGAGAAGAAAAUUGGAAUGCUAACAGAGGAGUGGUCUAUUUAGAGGAUGACAAGUUCUCAAGCAUGAAUGUAAAGAUAAAUAUGCAAACUGUUGAACAGCAAAGACAUAUACUGAGGAUGCUAGAGAAAUCUUUAGCAAGAGAGAUGGAUCUUGAAAAGAAAUUGACUGAAUCAAAACAAAUCGAAGAAGAUAUGAAACUGAGGCUGCUGUCUUCAGAUCAAGAAGCAUAUUGCAUGGAGGAGGAGGCAGCAGAUGCUUGGGAGAGGUGGUUACAGGUGGAUAAUGCAUCUGAGGUCCUUAUGGGUAUUUCAAAAGAAUUACUGGGUAAACUCCAUAUUCUCCAGUUUAACUUAAACGGUUCAGUUCAGCGGGAAGCUGAACUAAGAUUGAAGCUUGAUGGUCAGGUUGAAUCCCGAGAAAGCUCUUUGCGGAAACUUGAAAGCAGCAACGCAAAACUAAAUAGCUUCCUUUUAGAUCAGACAGCCGGCUUAAAAGACAGCUUGAAGGAAGCUGAAGAUAAGUUAAUUCUUGCUGAUUCUGAGGCCUUUACUUUGAGAGAAAAGGUGAGUUCACUUGAGGAACAGCAUACUGUUCUAUGCUCAGACAUUAGUGAAUUGGAAAAUGUCAUCACAGAUCUGAAAGAGAAAGUAUCAAAAGCUGAAACUAGGGCUGAGAAUGCAGAAGCCAAAAGCAAAUUAUUAACAGAGACUAAUAUGGAACUUAAUGAAGAGAUCGGACUUCUUAAAAGCACUGGCAGUGCCUCAGAGACGGUGGAUUCACUUGAGAGGAAGUUAAGGGAAUCUGAUACCCAAUUACAGCAUGCAGUGGCAUCUGCUGAAGCUAGCCUGGAGAAACAACACAUGUUGUAUUCUACAAUCAAUGACAUGGAAAGUGUGAUUAAGGAUCUAAAGCAGAAGGUUUUAAAAGCUGAAAGUCGGACUGACAGUGCAGAGGACAACUGUAUAAGAUUAUCAGAAUCUAAUGCACUGCUAACUGAGGAACUAAGCUUUCUGAGGGGUAGAUUGGCAUGCAUGGAGGCAUCUUUGCAUCAAGCCGAGGAAGUAAAAUUAGCUACUGCAACUGAUAUUGGUAUUCGGUCCAAAGUUCUUACAAGUUUAGUGGUGCAACUUGCUUUUGAAAGAGAGCGCCUUCAUAAGCAGAUUUCUUCAUUAGCGGUGGAGAAUAAAACUUUGGUACUGAAGUUGCAAACAAACAAUAGUCCAUCUGUGGUAAUGGGAAAUGAUGAUAGAGGAAAUCAUAAAGACUUCAUGCCCUCAAAGCAUGGUUUGGCUACUGGCACAAGAGAAAGUAAGGAAGAAGCUGAUGAGUUGUCUGAUAGUAAUUGUAAGCUGGAUGAGACUCAGAAUAAUGUUUCUGUUGGUGAGACUGAAGUGGGACCUACUGAUUCUACAUCAGAGUUUGAGACCGCAAGGAGAAUAGAUGCAGGAGUUCUGAGCUUCAAGCAUUUCCUCGUGGCGAUGCUUAUUUUACUGAUUUCAGUUGCAGCUUAUUUUUUUCUCCAACAAGACUGCCCAUUUUGAUGUUGCUGCUGGAGUUUCCUCAUGAGCUUGUCUCCACAGUAGCUUUCUUGUAACAACCAGUGUAGAGCAACGAAGAUCUGGAAAACGAAAAAACGAAGAACAACAAAGUUAUUUUCUGAAACUGUUUAGGGAUAGGCAAUCUAUUGUGCCUAAGGUACAAAUUGCAUCAAAGUGAGAUGCUGAAUGCCCUUCAGCAUUGAGAAAUAAAAAGAUAUCAUUUGAUAGCGUGUUUCCCAUCUUAGCUUUCUCCUCAAGUACUCAAAGGGAUGUAAACACAGAAUGAUAGGAGAUUGUUGUAACUAGUUCAGAAACAACUUCAAUGAUAGUUUUUACCAUCAUUUAUGAAUUUUUAGUGCUUACAAUUAUAAAUUUAUGUC